AUGUUACUCAACAGCAUGGUGAUCAGAAUCUUCUUUGUUGUUCAGACAGGAAUUGGAAUCCUGGGAAACAUUUUGCUCCUUUAUUGUUAUGUCUUCAUUCCCUACCCUGAGCGAAGGCUAAAACACAUGGAUUUGAUUCUCAAAAAUUUAAUUUUGGCAAACUGUUUGGUUCUUCUCUCCAAAGGAGUCCCUCACACAAUAUUAACCUUGGGGCUGCAAUUCUCUAUGGGUGAUGUUGGGUGUAAAUUGGUCUUCUAUCUUCACAGGGUGGCCCGGGGUGUGACUCUUGGUACUACCUGUAUCUUGAGUGGCUUCCAGUCCAUCACAAUCAGUCCUAAUUGCUGCCAGUGGAUAAGAUUCAAGGUCAAAUCUCUCAAGUGCACAAGAUUUUCCAUUACCUUCUGCUGGAUUCUUCAACUGAUGGUAAAUAGUAUUUUUCCUUUGUAUAUGAGAGGUGCAAAGGAAAACAACAGCUACACACAUGAUAGAGACCUUGGCUACUGCUCCAGUAUGAGUAGUGAGAGAGUGACAUCCUUAUUGCACUCUGUGAUGUUGUCUUCCAUUGAUGUGUUGUCUUUGGGGUUUAUGGUGUGGAGCAGUGUCUUUAUGAUGCUCAUUUUGUACAGACACAAGCAAAAUGUCCUACAUAUUCACAGCAAGAACCUCUCUUCCAAAUCCUCUGCUGAGACCAGAGCCACACAGACCAUUUUAAUUCUAUUAAUCACAUUUUUCUCUGUAUACACCCUAUCUUCAUUCUUUACUUCUUACAUAUCUCACUUGGAUAAACCCUGUCAGUGGCUGGUAGACACGAGUGCACUUUUAGCUGCCAGCUUCUCAUGUUUCAAUCCAUUUAUACUCAUCUGCAGAGACCCACAUUUCACCAUACUUUUUUUCGCACACUGCCCAAAGAUGAACAAUUUUGGUAAGCUGAUCAUGUACUCUUAA